AUGGGGCCCCCGACCUCAUCUCGGCAGUCAGCCUCAAAGGUCACGUCCGCGAAGGAGAGUGAUGUGCCUCCGCCGGAAGCCGCGCUUCGUGCGGGCGUGGUCAAAAAGGACCUCCCUCUCGUCGACGCACUGCGCGCCGAGGGGGACGUUAUGAAGAUUCUCGAUGCAAUAUGGGGUGUACUCGCCGGCGCUAAGGCCGAGAAACGCAACACAGCCCAACUACUAGUCCUGGCGGCCAAGGAGCAUUUAACGCACGGCGGCUGCUCCACCGCCAACUCGCCAGCCGAGUCCAGCCUGCUCACAGCGAUCGAAGACAUGCUUCGCGUACACCACGAGAAGCUGGAAGGUCGCCUUGUGGCCGGAGCGCCUCCCCAGGUUCCCAAACUGCCUUCGGUCUCGUACGCGAAGGCGGCCGCCAUGCCAGCCCUGGAGUUCGCGGUCUCGCUGAAAAGCGUCCCCGCCCACGACCCCAUCCGCAAGGCCUCGCCUGCGGAACUGAAGCAACAGGUGGAGACGGUGCUCAGGGUGUGCGACCCCGAGCACUUCACGCCGGAUUGGUACCUCCAUGGGGUUCGUCGACAUGAGCCGAGUGAUCGACUCAUACUCCAAGUGCGGAAGGCGAAGGACCUGGAGAAGCUGCGUCUCAUGGAGCAGGCCUGGGUAGCUUGUCUGGCGAGCGGCGCCUCAGUGAGUGCCCCGACUCUACAAGUGGUGAUACACGGUGCCUCAGGACAGUUCCGCCCACAGGCCCCCGGAGCAUCCAUGCAAAUACACCACGCCAACGCCCACCUCAUCCCUUUCUUCGAGAACAUUGAGUCCGUGCGCCCGCUCCCCUCGUCUUCUCGUCGCCCUGGCACCCCCAAGAGCCGGUGUUCAUUCGUGCUACGCCUCCGCGACUACCGCAACGCGACUGCCCGCGCCAUUGCCAGUGACCUCAUAGACAACAACACUUGCGUCCUAGGCAAACCCUGCCAAACCGACCUUUAUAUACCGCCGCCCUUACAGUGCUAUUGGUGCCAAGACUGGGGCCACAAGUCCGACGCGUGCCCUCUCAGCGAUGACCCCACUUUCACGAGCUAA